UCACAGAGACCUGGAUUAUGACUUUUUCCAUUGAAAGCGCAGCGCAUCGGUGCAGUUUUCUCCCUCACAGCAGAGCCGGAGACCCCAGAUCCACACAUGCAUGCACGUUUAUAGCAACGUGGAAACGGGAAAAGGGAAAAUAAGAAAGAAGGAAAGAAAAAAAAACUUGCUUUAGUAUUUGGCUUCAGGUGCGCUGACACACGAGUGGACCUGUUGCGCUGAGCUUUUACUUUUGUGGCCUCAAACUUUCAAACUUUGGAUUGUGGAUAACUUGAGGAAAGUGCUUUGUAAACCCUCGGGAAAGCGAUGCACAGGAGCGGAUCAGGGGUUUGGGGAGAGGAACAGAGUCACGACAGGAUGAUGUGACCUUGCGUUUUAUCCACUUCAGUGCCCAUCUCUCUCUCUGUCUCUCAGUCCGACUCAAACACGUGAAACAGCGCCGUUCGCUCCGAGCCGAGGCUCCGUCCAACAUGACUCUGUCCGGCGUCUCGUCGGAUCCUUGUCAGCUGGUUUUACGUGCCUCCGCGGAGCCGGAGCUUUGGGAAUAGGAGUGGAUCCGCGGAACAGUCGCCGCUGCAACACGUUGUGAAAAACUACCGGGCGCGUUUGGAGAGCGAUGAUGCGGGGCACUCUGGGCGCAUUCAUCCAGUCCUGCCUGAUCCUGCUGGUCAGGGCGGAUCAAUGGAGGCUGAAGGACUCCACCAACUGCGAGCUGAACAGGAAACAAACUGACCUGAACUCCUUCCUGUGGACGAUCAAACGGGACCCUCCCUCCUACUUCUACGGCACCAUCCACGUCCCCUACACGCGCGUCUGGGACUUCAUCCCUGAAAACUCCAAGCAGGCCUUCCAGGAGAGCAACAUCGUCUACUUCGAGCUGGACCUCACCGACCCGUACACCAUCUCCGCCCUGACCAGCUGCCAGCUGCUGCCCCAGGGCGAGAACCUCCAGGACGUCCUGCCCAGGGACAUCUAUCGGCGGCUGAAACGACACCUGGAGUACGUCAAACUCAUGAUGCCGUCUUGGAUGACGCCGGACCAGAGAGGGAAGGGGCUCUACGCCGACUACCUCUUCAACGCCAUCGCCGGGAACUGGGAGAGGAAGCGGCCCGUCUGGGUGAUGCUGAUGGUGAACUCGUUGACGGAGGCGGACAUUAAGACUCGAGGGGUGCCGGUGCUGGACCUGUACCUGGCCCAGGAGGCGGAGAGGAUGAGGAAGAGGACGGGGGCCGUGGAGAAGGUGGAGGAGCAGUGCCACCCGCUCAAUGGGCUCAACUUCUCACAGGUGAUCUUUGCCUUGAACCAGACGUUACUGCAGCAGGAGUCUCUGAGGGCGGGGAGCCUGCAGGUCCCGUACACGACCGAGGACCUCAUCAAGCACUACAACUGUGGAGACCUGAACUCCAUCAUCUUCAACCACGACACCUCACAGGUCCCAAACUUCAACAACGUGACGCUGCCGCCCAGCGAGCAGGUCACCGCGCAGGAAAUCGACAGCUACUUCCGCCAGGAGCUCAUCUACAAGAGGAACGAGAGGAUGGGCCGGAGGGUGAAGACGCUGCUGGAGGAACAUCCUGACAAGAGCUUCUUCUUUGCCUUCGGAGCAGGUCACUUCCUCGGCAACAACACGGUCAUUGAUGUGCUGCGUCGCCAGGGAUACGAGGUGGAGCACACCCCCGCUGGGCAGCCCCUUACCAGAAGAUCAUCGUCUAGACCCGCCUCGCCAGAUUCAGAGGGCCCUCCCUGGAGUGAGGACCACCGCGAGGAGCCCGUGCCGCACCUGGAGCCUUUCCUGCAUGAGCUCCCCCACCACGAGGAGGAUCACGGCCGCCCCCUGGACGAGGAGCCCCUGCCCCACAUGCUCCUGCCACCGGACAGCCUGGAGCUGUUGGAGAAAGCGGAGAGGAAGCUGAUGAAGAAGAAGAGGAGAAACAAGCAGAAGAAGCAGCGCCACCGGCAUUUUAACGACCUCUGGGUUCGCAUUGAGGAGAGCUCCAUCGUCCAGUCUCCUCCUCCCCCGCUGGUACGCAUCAUCAACGGUUAUAUCACAGUGCAGCCGCCUGACCGAGUCCACAGCCACCACAACCACCAGCACAUACCUUCAUCAUCAGCAGCAUCAUCGCCCACCUUGGCCUCUUCAUCUUCCUUCGUGGCGUUCCUCUGGAUGUUGCUCACCAUUAUCCAGCAGUUGUGGACCAUCCUGCUCUAGGUCUCGCUGAUCACAGACGAUUUAUUGGAAUGAAAUUUAAAAAAUAGUCUCAUGAAAACGUGGCCUCCUGCAGAAGAUGGAGCCUCACAAACGGAGUGGAGUCUCCUACAACAAUUUUUCAGGUCUCGUGCAUCAGGACACACAAUGUGAAAGUCUGGUCACGAACCAUGAGAUCUCAAAGAGGCUGCAGAGAAGACUAUGUGGACUCGGAGUGCAAGACUCUGCGGGGACUGGCACCGUUUGAGGCUUCACUGAUUACCAGGUCACGUUGUCCGUUCACAACACAACCUCAGUUACCAUAAAAUGUCUCAUGAAGUCAAGAACGUGGAGCAGAAUCCAACCUGAACGGUGACACUGCAGCACACUCUGUGGAUAUUGUCAAUAGCAUGUCUUUCACAGCAUGAGGUUGCAGCGAACAUGGACUUCGAUGUACCACGAGGUGUCUUGGAGCAUCGGUAAACCUUGGUUUUAAGGUUUAAUGUAAGGUUUCACUAUGUUGUGCGUACAGAGCAGGAGCAAUGAACAUGAGAAAAAAAGUGAAGGUUCAUACAAGAGGUAUUGCUGGACAUGACAUUGUCAAUUAUCAUGCUGCCGGACAUUCAGGGAUGAAUUCACAAAGAAUGACUAACAACUGCUACUAGCAUUAUUUUUGUCUUAACACGUAAUUCAUUAAAGAAACUAUGCAAAUCAAGUAAACACAGUAAACAAGGACCACAGUCUGUGCCGAGACAAGGCUGUUGUGUGCAGGCAGAAAGGCACUGUAGUCUGUAUUGGAUUAGAUGAAGAGAUUAUUCUCCCAAAUAUCUGUCAUCCACAGCUGGUUGCAGGACGUAUGACAGCCUUCUCUUUCAGUUAAAUAAUUCCCUACGGCCAGCCCAGGGCGGCAGGGCUGGUAUGUGUGCACCAUUUGCAGUCCAUUACUUAAAGGAUGUGGUGCACAUUUUCAAAGUGCUGCGCAAUUACGCACGGCUCAUGCAAUGCGGGUACCUCGAUUAAAUCUUGCGCAAAGCAACACCAGCCUCUUGAAAAAUAGGUACGGAAACUUCCCUUCGGUGCCUUGGGUUAGUGUAUAGUCCAUAACCAAUUCAUACUUGGCACAGUUUUGAAGUCUAUACAGUGCCAUUACUAUUCCCUGCACGGGGUUCAGGAGCGGGACGGUGACAUCCUGGAGUUAAAGCAGUUUACAGAGCUUCAUUCUUAAGUUCCCUCUUGAUUCUGCAGUACUGCAAUACUCAGGACCACCUACUGGAUUCCCAUCAAUUCAUCAAACCUCUUUACCCAUAUCCAAAAAUAGUGGGGUGCAAGAACUGCAUGAGUUUUCCCAAGAGCAGUGCCUGAAGCAUGGCAUUUUGCAACUCCAACAAAGAAAGAGUCAUUCUUUUAUAUGUCUAGAGGUGAUAGUGAUGGGAUUGGAUAUUUUUUCCCAAAAGCAAAAUAAAAUCUUCUAUUUCCUCAGUGUCUCCAGGUUAUCAAAGUACCUAAGUCAUGUAAACGGGAAUAUCACACGGAGCUGUGUAUGCAGUCAUGUCAACUUCACUGUGUUAUUUCCAGGAGUAUUAAUACUCUCUAUAGCAC